AUGGCGCCUGAGAUGCUGCAAAAUAAACCUUACUCGAACGCUGUUGAUUGGUGGGCACUCGGGAUAAUGUUGUACAGGAUGACCCAUAAAAGUAUUCCUUUCAUACCAGUUCGUGUCGAUGGCGUAUCCUCACUUGACAUCAUGAAAGGAAUUUUGGUAAAUACAGUGAUUGCUGAAAUCCAAUUCCCGGAAUCAGUCUCAAAUGAUAUUUGCCAAGUUGUACGUUUAUUAUUGAAGAAGGAUCCACAGGAGAGAUUGAAAAGUUUAGAAGAUUUGUUGAAGGAAAAGUUAUAUCUUGAGGAGACUUAA